AUAAUUAUUAUAUUUUUGCAUAGUUGCAGCUCGUCAUGGAUUACAAAGUCUUGGGAAAGUUGCUGUUUCGCGGAGAAUGCCCCCUCCAGCUAACCUCCCUAGUCUUAAAGCAGAAAACAAAGGCAAUGAUCCCAACAUAAACAUUGUGCCUAAGGAUGGCACAGGUUGGGCUUCUAAACAAGAACUACAUGAGGAAGAAAAAUGUUGCUAGCUGGAGAGAAGGUGGAGGCAGAAGUUUAAACUCUCCAAACUCCCCAACUGAUCAAGAAGCAAAACCUCUUAUUCAAGAAGAUGGUAAUAUGCCUGGACCAACAGAACCAAUUGAUGCCCUUAAGAUACCAGAAAAGAAGGAGAUACGGCUAGCACCACCUCCCCCACCUAAGAUGAAUGGCCAGCAACAGCCAGGGAUCCCUCCUCAGUAUAAAGGAAUGAUACCACCAUAUAUGCUUAAUCAGUACCCUAAACUAGCGUAUCCACCAAUGGCAGGUCCCAACAGAUUUCCUGCCCCAUCUGAGAGCAGCAGAAACCCAAGAGGAAGGGGGCCGCCUUCACGGAACUCCGAAGCUGUAGAACGUCCUUCAAUCCUAAGUGCUAAUGAACUCAAAGAACUUGAUAAGUUUGAUAAUUUAGAUGCUGAAGCUGAUGAGGGCUGGGCUGGAGCUCAAAGUGAAGUAGAUUAUACUGAACAGUUGAACUUCAGUGAUGAUGAUGAACAGGGAGGUAAUCAGAAAGAACAGGAAAACAGUAAUGAAUCUACUAGAGAUGUAGACAAGAAAGACGUAGAAGAAUCUAAAUCAUCUGCUCCUUUGCCAUCAGUUGGAUCAAAAGGUGCAUAUAGCAAAAGCAGUCAAUUUGACCAGGGACGUGGAGUGUUACCAGCACAAUCUUCAGCACUUGAGAGAAGUAGUAGUUCUGGACUUCAUGCAAAAUCAAUUCUUCAGCAUCCACAUCCAGAUCGCAUGGCAGGACCAGGAAGGCAAGCUUCCUUUCCUCCUAGGCCAGCACCAGAUGAUGAUGAGAUUUGGAAGCAGAGGCGAAGACAGCAGACAGAAAUAUCUGCAUCAGUAGAACGAGCCCGUAAAAGGAGAGAAGAGGAGGAGCGAAGAAUGGAGGAACAAAGAAAAGCUGCAUGUGCUGAGAAAUUAAAACGCUUAAAUGAGAAAUUUGGGUGUGCACCAAAGCCAACUCGAGAAGAGCCAUUGAAAGAAAAAGAAAUUAUCAGAGAAAAAGAUGUUGAAAGGGAAAAGGAACCAACUAUUGAAAAGGAGGAAGAAAAAUUGAUAGAUGUGGAAAUAAAAGAAAAUCAAGAAAAAGGCAAAGAAGUAGAAAAGGAGAAAGAAAGAGAGGAGAAAGAAGAAGUGGAAGAGGAACUUAAAGUAGAGGAGAAACCUAAAACUGAAAUUUCUGAGCCUCAGGAGUCUGUCAUUGCCCCAGUGAUAUUAGAGAAAGAAGAAAAAGAAACCACCAUUGAGGAAGAAAGAGACUGUCAGCUUGUUUCCACCAUACAAGAAACCGAUCAUAACGAAAAAGACAAUUCACAUGAAAACGAGCCUGAUUCUGGAGCUCAGCCUCGACCUGCUGUUUCUUCUGGCUAUUCAAAGCAGUUUCAGAAAUCGUUGCCACCACGAUUUCAGAGACAACAGGAGCAAAUGAAACAGCAACAGUGGCAACAGCAGCAGCAAGGAGUUUUACCACAAUCUACACCAUCACAACCUUCUAACAGUCCUGUUCCCCCGCCACCACAUAGGCCAUUGUACCAACCUAUGCAAUCGCACCCCCCACAUUUGGCUUCUAUGGGCUUUGAUCCAAGGUGGCUCAUGAUGCAGUCCUAUGUGAAUCCAAGAAUAAUGUCAGGAAGGCCUACUAUGGAUAUGCCACCUAUGCAUCCUGGAAUUAUACCUCCUAAACCACUUCUGAGGAGGGAUCAAAUAGAGGGGACAGGAGCUGGUUCAGAUUCUUUUGAUCAUGUUACUCGAUCAGCGAGGGAACAUGCCAUACCACUGCCAGAAUCACGUAUGAUGUGGGGGUCAGAACCAUAUACUCACACAGAUCCUCAACAGACUAGUGCCUCUCCCAAAAUCCUUGAAGAAACUGUUGAUAUAAGGUCUGAAGAACUUUUGGAUCAAGAUCAAAUAACAGCGCAAGCAGUAUACUCAGGAGAAGAGAGUCAGUUAGAUCCCAAUAUAAAGACAGAUUUCAAAAAAUCUGAGGAUGUGAACAUACAGACUUCAAGCAGGUCUUUGGAAAAUGCACAGCCUCAUCAAUCUGAUACAUGUCCAUCGGCAGGAAAUUUUGAAGUGACUGCAGGAAAUGUUUCAGAAAUCUCCAAAGAACAACAGGUGCCUAUAGAAGAGAAUAAUUCUUCUCUGAAGAAAAGCAUUUCUCAUGGAUCAACUCAUUCUUUGAAAUCAGAAGAAUCAGUGGGCAAUACACAGGCAAAUAUUCCCAAAAUAAACAACAGACACACUGAAACAAAAGAACCACUGCUGGAAAGACUAGACGGCAAGCAAAAAAAGGAGGGGUUCACAAGUAGUAGGUUGUUAGAGGGAUCAAAACCUGAAAAGCCCUUUAAACCUAAAUCUGAAACUCGAUGGGGUCCAAGACCAGGGUAUGGUAGAAGAGAGGAAGGCAGUGACAGGCCAAUGAGAAGAUCGGGUCCCAUUAAAAAGCCAAUUCUUCGUGAUAUGAAAGAAGAACGUGAACAAAGAGAAGAACGUGAACAGAAGAAAGAACGGGAGGGAGAAAAACUGACAAAUGAGAGAGUCAAUAAAAUUGAGAAAAGGGAUCAGCCUCAGAUGCUAAUUUCCAGGUUAGAACCAGAGAAAGCCACUACAGUUGAUAAGAAAACAUUGCAAAACACAUCGCAAGCUGCAGAGUGUACAGACGGCCCCAUAGAACCUAUAAUUACGCCUACUGUUCAGCAGCCUGUCGUUGUACAACAAGCAGCAGCAGUACUUCCUGCAUCUCAGCCGCCAGCUACAAUCCAAACGCUUCCACCUUCAGCUCCACAGCCAAACACUCCACAAACUGCAGUUGAGGCUCCACCACUUAGUGUACAAGAGUUAUCAGUUCAACAACCUGCAAAUGUGAAGGAAGAAAAGCAGCCAGAAAAAAUAAUUAACAAAGAACAACCUGUAGAAAGACCUGGUAUUGAAACCAGACCAGUAAAAAGGGAGCCUGGAGCACCUCCCAGAACAUACUGGAAAGAAAACAGGGACUGGUUUCCGGACCAAGGAUACAGAGGAAGAGGACGUGGAGAAUAUUACUCUAGGGGACGCAGCUAUAGGGGUUCUUAUGGAGGCAGGGGUCGAGGUGGAAGAGGUCACAAUAGAGAUUAUCCCCAUUACCGAGAUACUAAACCUAGAGUAGAACAUGUUGCUUCUGGUCCUCUUAGGCAGAGAGAGGAGAGUGAAACCCGUAGCGAGAGCUCUGAUUUUGAAAUUGUUCCAAAACGACGAAGACAAAGAGGCUCAGAAACGGACUCUGACAGCGAAGUACAUGAAAGCGCCAGUGAUACUCUUCUGUCAGACAAAGACAGCUUAAGCAAAGGCAAACACCCAAAGAGAGAAGAAAGGGCAGAUGUUAAAAAGCCUUCAAAGGCCCUGCUACCUUUCAAACCUGAAAAUAACAUUCGAGGGGACCAUAGAGGAGUUGAUAAAACAUAUGUAAGAGAAGAUGAAAAUAAGACCAAGCCUGGUUUUCUCCCUAAAGGAGAACCUUCUAGACAUGGCAGAGGGGGGAUGUUUAGACGUGGUGGAAGGGAUUCAGUUGGUCGCCCACCCCGACCGUCUAUUCUUAGGAGACCAGGAUACAGAGAGAAUCAGUGGAACCCAAGACAGACAGAAAUCUCCAAGCCUGAAGAUGGAGAACCACAACGAAGACAUGAACAUUAUGGCCCUAUACAGUUGGAUAAAAGACCUCCUGCAAAGUUUGAGAGGAAAUUUGAUCCCGCAAGGGAACGACCCCGAAGGCAAAGGCCUGCACGACCUCCCAGACAAGACAAGCCGCCACGUUUUCGGAGAUUAAAAGAAAGAGAGGCGGCAUCAAAAAUAAAUGAAGUCACAACUAGUUCAUCAUCAAGUGUGGCAGUGAGUAAUGCUGUUAAUGAGCAGCCAAGCACUACUUUGGAGGUUUCAGGAAGUAAAACGCCUGACUUGUCCAAUCAGAACUCUUCAGACCAGGCAAAUGAAGAGUGGGAAACUGCUUCAGAAAGUAGCGAUUUCAAUGAGAGACGCGAGAGGGAUGAAAAGAAAUUAGCAGACGUCGCAGCACAGGGAGCUGUUAAGACAGGAGAAAACACACUAAUUCCUAAAAGAGAAAUAGCUAAGAGAAGUUUUUCCAGUCAGAGACCUGGGAUUGAUCGGCAGAAUCGCCGUGGUAAUAAUGGCCCAUCCAAAUGUGGACGAAACUUUUCAGGGCCAAGAAACGAAAGGAGAAGCGGCCCUCCAAUGAGACCUGGAAAAAGGGGACCAUUUGAAGAACAGAUGCCUGUUGUGAUUAGCGCUGAAUCAAUAAGCAGCAAUUUGUAUCAGGAGGAAAACGGUAACAGUGCUGCUGUGCCAAAAGGUUCCAAAGAUAGCAACAGCAAGAAACGGGAAGAAUCCAAGUCUGGCCCAAAGAAACCCAAAGAGAAAGUCGAUGCAAUCUCUCAGUUUGACCUUAAUAACUAUGCAAGCGUUGUCAUUAUUGAUGACCAUCCUGAAGUGACAGUAAUUGAAGAUUCCCAAUCCAGCUUGAGCAAUGAUGGUUUUACUGAAGUAGUGUCAAAAAAACAGCAAAAACGUUUGCAAGAUGAAGAACGUAGAAAAAAAGAAGAACAAACAGUGCAGGUCUGGACCAAAAAGAAUUCAAAUGAAAAAGGGAGAUGUACAAAUUCUAAACUCCCGCCCAGGUUUGCCAAAAAGCAACAACAGGCGACUGCAGCCGCUGCCGCAGCCGCAGCUGCCACUCAACAAGGCCAGGUUCAACCACAAGUCCCAUUGCAAGGUGUGCCUCAGAUUCCAAGUCCACAAACUUCGGUCCAGGCACAAACGCCAGCAACUUGUUCAUUGAACAUCUGUACAGACUAUGCAGGAACAAGCAAAACUCUGCAGAAUGCACCUGCCCAUAAUGCUGUAGGAACCGAAUUUUGGGAUAAUAAAGUACCCCCUACAAGCAUCCUCAAUGACAUCUCUAAAAAAUUGGGGCCUAUUAGUCCUCCACAGCCACCUUCUGUCAGUGCAUGGAAUAAGCCUUUGACAUCAUUUGGAUCAGCUACUUCGCCAGAGGGAACCCCUGCUGGACAGGAAGGUGGAAUUGAUUUGGGAAUAGAAACCAUUCAGUUUGGAGCUCCAGCCUCUAGUGGGAGUGAUAGUGAAGUUGGGCCGGCUUCAGAUAAGGCCUCAGAAAAGCUUCUUGAACCAAAGGAACAAAGGCAAAAACAACCACGUGCAGGACCUAUAAAAACACAAAAGCUUCCAGAUAUGAAUCCAGUAGAAAGCAAAGAAUACAAGCCUGGCCCAAUUGGGAAAGAGCGAUCACUAAAGAACAAAAAAGUAAAGGAGGCUCAACAGGGCGAUUCUGAGAUGCAAGAAAAGUCCAGUGCUAAUACAGUCAGAAGCUCAGAUCCUAUUACUUCUAAAGAAAACAAAUCAACUAAUGAACUUAGUACAGAAAUAGGAACAAUGAUAUCAGUGUCGGCUGCAGAAUUUGGAACAACUCAAAAAGAGUCUGUAACAGACUAUACAACACCGUCUUCUCAUUCAAGUACAGUGGCAACAAACAGUGCAAAGAUGGAGGAGGCUUUAGUUACAAAUGUGCCCCUGCCCCACACCCUUCCCCUCCCUAGGAGGGAGACUCUACAACAGAGCUCCAGCCUAACUCCAGUUUCUCCCGCUACCGUCGACCUCACCCUCAAGAUGGAAUCUGCUCGCAAAGCGUGGGAGAAUUCACCAAAUGUGGGAGAAAAGAGUUCACCUGUUACAUCAUCAGCAUCUCCUGUUACUGGUGGUAAUAGUAGUAGCAGCGGAGGUGGGAACAGCAGCAGUAGCAGUGGACCAACCAGUGGUACAUACAGCUCUUUUUCAAGUGCACCCAUGCCUCCAAUUCCUGUAGCUUCUGUUACACCUACAACUUCAUUGUCAGGAGCUGGAACAUACACUACUUCCUCAUUAAGUACAAAAACCACUACAACCUCCGAUCCACCCAACAUCUGUAAAGUGAAGCCACAGCAAUUACAAACAAGCAAUUUAGCAUCUGCUGGUCAUUUUUCCCAGUUAAGCUGUAUGCCAUCUCUGAUCGCCCAACAGCAACAAAGUCCACAGGUCUAUGUGUCUCAGUCAGCAGCAGCUCAAAUUCCUGCAUUCUAUAUGGAUACAACUCAUUUGUUCAAUACCCAACAUGCCCGUUUGGCUCCUCCUUCACUUGCCCAGCAGCAAGGAUUUCAACCAGGACUCUCACAGCCUACUUCAGUUCAGCAGAUACCAAUUCCAAUAUAUGCUCCUCUUCAAGGACAGCAUCAAGCUCAACUGAGUUUAGGAGCAGCACCUGCUGUCUCCCAGGCCCAGGAGUUGUUUAAUUCUUCUCUGCAGCCCUAUAGAUCUCAGCAGGCAUUUAUGCAGAGUGGCUUGUCUCAGCCAUCUCCAGUGGUUCUUUCGGGCACAGCUUUACACAACUUCCCAACAGUGCAGCAUCAAGAACUUGCCAAAGCACAGUCAAGCCUUGCAUUUCAACAAACAUCCAACACUCAGCCUAUUCCUAUCUUGUAUGAGCACCAGUUAGGUCAACCUUCAGGAUUAGGAGGUUCCCAACUUAUUGAUACACAUCUGCUCCAGGUCCAGCAACCAGGGCAGACAAGCUUCUAUAAUACUGCUCAGUCUCCCAGUACUCUCCAGCAGGUAAACUAUGGCAUGAUGACAGUACCUAUACCAGGAUCACAACUUUCUUUGCCCAACUUUGGAUCAGCAGGCCAGCCUUUAAUUGCUCUUCCACAAUCCCUUCAACCUCCAUUACAGCACACUCCACCACAACCUCAGGCUCAAAGCCUGAGUCGGCCGACACAAGUGGGUCAGCCUUUCAGAGGAUUAAUUCCAGCUGGCACUCAGCACAGCAUUAUAACUGGAAAGGGCCGUCUCUACAAGUCCAAACAGUCAGACGAAUAAAAUUAACACCAUUAUUUACCAGAAGCAAUUCCAAUCAGCAGCUGUGAGAAUGGCUCAACCAUUUCCUCCUCAGUUUGCACCACAGAUCCUCUCUCAGCCUAACCUGGUCCCUCCAUUGGUAAGAGCCCCACAUACUAACACCUUCCCAGCACCCGUUCAGAGGCCGCCAGUGGCACUGGCUAGUCAGAUGCCACCUCAGAUGACCACAGGUCUUUUGAGCCACCCUCGUUUGCCACAUGUGCCGAGGGGUCCUUGUGGAUCAUUCUCUGGAGUCAGAGGCAAUCAGGCCCAGGCUGCGAUGAAGGCUGAACAAGACAUAAAGGCAAAGCAAAGAGCAGAAGUCAUUCAGUCAACGCAGAGAUUUUUCUCUGAACAGCAGCAGAGCAAGCCACCUGGAGGCAAAAUACAGAAAGUGGGUGACAAUGGGAGCAAAGCUCCAGAGGCAGUGACAGACUCCACCUCUGGAAUCUGCCAAGACAAAGUGGAAGAGAAACAGAAUGCUACGGCAGCACCCAAGCCUAUUAGAACUGGUCCAAUCAAACCCCAGGCCAUCAAGACAGAAGAAACAAAAUCAUAAAAUGAUGCUUUUUGCAAACCAAUAUGAAGAGUGAAAUGUCAGCUGAAUCAACCUUGAGCCCAGAGAGGGCGAGGCAUACCUGUUCAAAGCUAUGAGUAGCAAAAACAGAGACGGCUGUCAUCAGCUAUGAGUGCUAAAGAUCUGGAAUCGUGGGGACUUUUCUAUGGGACAUUUUGUAUGCCGUUGCAUGAAUGAAUGUGAUCAAUCAGAAUUGAGGCACCUCUCUGCUUUUUCAAUGGUGCAAAACUAAAUAAUGCUCCUGAGGCAUUUUAUUAGCCAAAGGUAAACAUUCUCCUUUUUUGCUGCUGAUUUAUUUAGAGAAAGAAGGGCAGAUCGGAGAAGACCAUGCUGGGAUAAAAACACGGGGUUGGAGUUUGGGCUACUCGGGCCCAAAUCAGAUGUUCUUUCAAAACGGAGCAGGAGAAUUUACGACCAUGAAUAAAGUCAUAAAAAGAGCAGCUUAAUCACCCCCUACUCCCAUUACACACCAUUUCAUUUUGUAAAUGUUUGAUGUCAAGAUUUCCAGGAAAGGCAGGAGGUGGUCUGCUACUACAAUUUGAUUAUGGUGCUGAAUUUUAACUGAAAAAAAAAGAUAUUAAUUGCUUCUCCAUGUUAAUAUAAUAUCAGAAGGGCAGUUUUGGGAGGCUCCCUUUUACAUUGCCAGUUGCGUUGAGCUCAAACUAGACAGAGCUUGAGAAGAAAGCCUUUGGCCUUGAAAUGCUUCUUAAUUUGUGAGCAUAAAGCAGCAAGCAUUUCAUUUUGGGCCAUAAAAAACCAGAUAUUUAUAUCAGAGCUGCAUCACUCUUUCUGCUCAUUGUGCUGGAAAAUAGAAUCAAGUCAAAAUAAUGCCUUCUUAAAUUGUAUCUCUUAGUAGUAUAGCUGUAGGAAAAGUACUGUAUGAUAACUUCUGUGAAUGUAAAAUAUCUCAUUCCUGCUUACAAUAUGUAGUUGUGACUGUGCUAUAGCAGAGCUGUAUAAUGAAGUUAUUCAGACUUUUCAAGUCAAUUGGAGGGCACCACAUGGCACAUCAUACCGAACUAUUUUCUCUGGCAAUUUUCCCGACCCCUUUCUGGAACAAAGAAUGAAUCAAAAACGGUGUAAUGUGUAUAAUUUUGUUCAGAUGAUGGCAAAAUCUGGAAAAGUCUGUUGCUGCUAUUGAUGCCUAGUGAAAUGCUGUUGGUUAUCUUUUUUAUAUAAAUAUUAUAAUUUGCAUUUUUUUUUAAAUUUUAGCUGUGAUGUCAGCUUUGGAGAAAGAGAUCCACUUGUUCUGUGAGUUGGCAUUGUACAGAAAUUAACAGCCAUAUUGGUCUAGAAAAGUUUAAACUUUUUUUUUCAUUUGUACAGGGGUAACGCACUGUAUUAAAUAUGUAAGGUCUUAUUUACAUGGGUUUGAUUACAGAAACUAAUAAAAUAUUCUCUACAUAAAA